AUGUCCCUUCUAGCCACAUACUUGCUCCUCACAUUUACUCAAACUGCACCCUACUUUUGUUUCAUAUGUUCUUCACCCAUUUAUACAGUACCAAGUUACUCAACAAGCCAAAUAUUACUAUUGCAGGAAGAGCACAUUACCAUGAAAUCUCUUCAAAUGCCUCACUCUCAAAGUCCUGUUGGAAGUGACGCCGAUGGCACCGAUCAUCAACCCUAUGACCAAAGCAUCGUCGUUCCAAAUAAGCUCAUCCUGGCAGCUGAUAGCUUUGAAAGGAAAGAACUCUCAUGGUUUGCCACAACUCAAAUCCCUACAGAUUUAGCAAUCCAAGUUCAGGAUGUCAUCUUUAAUGUUCACAAGUAUCCCUUGGUAUCAAAAUGUGGCUACAUCAGACAGCUGGAACUUCAGCCUUCAAUCUCAAAAUUCAGGCAUGAUCUCAAGCUUGAGAAAUUUCCAGGUGGACCAGAUACAUUUGAGAUGAUUCUACAAUUUUGUUACGGUCUCCCAGCAGACUUGAACCCAAAUAAUAUAGCAGCACUUAGAUGUGCAUCUGAAUAUCUAGAGAUGACAGAAGAAUUUGAAGAUGGAAAUCUCAUAACCAAGGCAGAAGCUUUUCUAACGUUUGUAGUCCUGGCUUCCUGGAAAGACACUAUUACAGUCCUCAAAUCUUGUGAAACCCUGUCUCCAUGGGCAGAAAACCUUCAGAUUGUCAGAAGAUGUUGCGACUCAAUAGCUUAUAAGGCCUCAAGAGAGAAUUCAUCAACUGGAGAAAUAGUUAGUGAAGAAAGCUGGUGGUUUGACGACAUGGCUACCCUUCGCAUUGAUCAUUUCAUGAGGAUUACGACAGCAAUUAGAGCAAAAGGAACAAAAGCAGAGAUCAUAGGGAAAUGCAUAAUGCAUUAUGCAGGUAAGUGGCUGCCAGACAUGGAUGGGGGACUGGAAGGACUGAGAGGAUAUGUAUUUGGAAAGAGUGAGUUGCAAUUCAGUGUUUUGAGAAGGAAGGAAGAAGAGAGUGCAGGACAAAACAAGGAACAAAGAACGAUUAUCGAAAGCUUAGUAAGCAUGCUUCCUUCUCAAAAUGGAGCUGUUUCAUGUAAGUUCUUGUUGCAGAUGUUGAAAACAGCCAUGGUGUAUUCUGCAUCUCCAGCUCUUAUAACAGAUCUAGAAAAGAGAAUUGGAUUGAUGCUGGAAGAUGCCAAUGCAAACGAUCUACUGAUUCCUAAUUAUAAGGAUGAAGAUCAAGGACUAAUGCUAAAUUCACCUGAGCAGCGAACGAUGCACAACAUAGAUGUGGUGCAAAGGAUUUUGGACUAUUUCCUGAUGCAUGAACAACAACAACAGCAACAAAAGAUAGGGAAAACAACUGUUAGUAAGCUAUUGGACAAUUACUUGGCUGAAAUAGCAAGGGAUCCAAACCUUUCCAUCACAAAAUUUCAAGCUCUUGCUGAAUCCUUGCCAGAAAAUGCUCGAUCAUGUGAUGACGGUCUCUAUAGAGCCAUUGAUAUCUAUCUAAAGACUCAUCCUUCAUUAUCUGAGCAUGACCGCAGAAGAUUAUGCAAAAUAAUGAACUGUGAAAAACUAUCAUUUGAUGCAUGCAUGCAUGCUGCACAAAAUGAUCGGCUGCCCCUAAGAAUUGUUGUCCAGGUUUUAUUUUCAGAGCAAGCAAAGAUGAGGAUGGCAAUGCAAGGUAAGGAAUCAUCAAUAAUAGCUGAUAAUUCUGAACAAGAGGAACCCCGACCAUCCACAAACACAGAGAUAAAGAACCUCAAAUCAGAACUCGAGAAUGUGAAGACAAAGAUGGCAGAACUACAAAAUGACUACUCUGACCUUCAGCAAGAGUAUGAGAAGAUAACAAGCAAGCACAAGAAUGCAUCACCUUGGAUUUUGAACUGGAGGAAGAUUAAGAACUCUUUACAUGUGGUGGCAGAAAAUGAUGACAAUGGAGAUGGACAGCAAAGGCAAAAUAAACCUGGUUUUAGACUCAGCUUUAGACGCAGGCGAUCGGUGUCGUAAGCUCAUUCACAGUAAGCAUCUUAUGAUGCAAAUGCUCAAGCAGCUCAAACCAAGCAAUAGCCUCAACAACAUUAUUUGCGUAUUUUUCCAUCUUUGACUAGCUUAUUACACAAGGUUACAAUGCAUGUUAUCAUCAUAAAUACCUAAUCUUAAAGUAUCACUGCAUCUGUUUCUUCUAAAUGAAGGAUGCAAGGAACAUGUUCAUAAUGGAAAAGGAACUGUGAUCUCAGUCAUGUAAAUCUUAAUGGAUAAUCUGUUAUUAGACCAAAGCAAAUAUUCAUAAA